AUCUAUUUUCAGAUUGUCCCUACUCUUGUGAGAGUCGCGAGGACGAGCUUUCCCCCUCUUGAGAUCCGGUGUCUAAUCCAUUUUUCAAGAUAAGAUGUUUAGAGGUUCUCCUAAGAUAAUAGCUUUAUCUAAAGCUGCUCAAAAGAAGGCUUCUCCUAAAGCUGCAAAAUCAAAGAAAUGUGGCGGUGGUGUUGAGAGAGCUGCAUGGAAUGUUGAAUUAGAGAAGAGUCUUGUUGACUUGUUAUUUGAACACAAUAUGCCUGCAUAUAGGGCUCAAAAUGGAUGGAGUCCAGAUGCUUGGAAUAAAAUAGUUUCUGAAUUCCACAAGAAGCAUGAAUAUGUUACAUUCAACAAGAUCCAAAUUCAAGAAAAGGAGAGAGAAUUUAAAAGGGAAUACAAGGUAUUGAAGGAGGCAAGAAAACAAAGUGGAGUUUCUUGGAAUGAAAAAAGAUGCAUGAUCAUUGCUGAACCAACGAUAUGGGGCAACAUUAUCACUACAUUUCCUAGAGCUAAGAAGUUCCGCAAGAAGUCUUUUCCUCUCUUUGAUGCCUUGAGUGAAUUAUAUGAUGGUCACAUUGCACAAGGGACUUGGAACAUUACAUCUACUCAACCACUACAAAAUUCUGAUGAAGGAGAGAAAUUUAAAACCAUAGAAGUGGAAGAUGAAGAUACUAAUGAACCACAAGUAGAUGCGAGAAUAGAACAAGAUGAAGAUAUAGUAAUUGUUGAAAGGGUUGAACAGAGGUUACCUAAAAGGUCAGGUGCACCAACUGUUAAUCAAGAGAAGGAGACAAAGAGAGUGAGGAAAGAUGCACUAGAAGGGCUGAUAGGGAGGUACCUUGAUGUAAAAACAAAGCAAGUUGCAAAUGAGGCUGCACAAUCAACAAAAGAGAAGGAAGUUGCUCAAGAUAAUGAUUUUUCUAUCAAGAGGUGUAUUUCUGUUCUUAAGACUAUGGAUAUCACAAGAGAUGAGAAGAUCAAAGCAGCUGAGGUGUUUAACACACCAAAUUACAGAGAAACAUUUAUUUGUUUCAAUGAUGAUGAGCCAGAAGUCGCUCUCCUUUGGCUAAGGGGGAAGAUGGAUAAACUCUAAAGGGUCCAAGGAUAAAGAUAUUAUCAACAUCUCUAGAGGAAGAGAAAGUCAAGUCACAUCUUCAGUCUGUGCAGGCUGUUUAUUCAGUUUAUUCAGUUUCAGUCAACAAGGCUUAGCUUGUAGUGUGUGUGGUAUGAAGCUUGCAUGUGCAUGUAGAGACUAUUUCUUCGGUCUGUGGAGGCUGUGCAGUUUUCAGCUUGUUUCUUCAGUCGUUUCAGACUGUGCA